CAGGUUCCCAGCACAGGUGCGUAAAUUGAGACGCGCGACACGCUCACAUCGCAAGACACGCCCUCGCGAAACAGACACGUCCCCAACACCGUUAAUUGAAAUUCCCAUUUCGGGCCCAGUGCCGCGGGCCCUUUUUCAUUUUCGGACCCGGCAACCAAAGCGACGAAUACUCGCAGUUGUGAACUCUGUCAGAUAUCCACUUGCUCUCCAGUCUGCCGUUGUCUGGACGCUCCAAUCUCAACCUCAUCCUUCUUCCUUUGGUGGCACUUUUUUGCGCCUGUCUGAACCUCAAAUCCACCGCCUCUUUCUGCUCUUGGCUCGAACCCGAAAGACACCUCUCUCUCUCUCUCUCUCUCCCUUGGAGAAUAGCCGCCUACCACCCAAACCUCGCCUUUGCAGCCUUCCACUCACAACCCACGACUCUACUCUGCUGCUGCUGGUCCCUCCAGCUGCCCUGCUUUGAUCUUCCAUCUUCCGUCGUUACUGCUACCUAUGGUAUAGCUACUGCAUCCGCAUACCUAGUAUAGUAAGGUACCCAGCACAAGGCACACAAAGCACCCGGUCAAAGGUGGCGCAACGCAAAGCACCGCAAAGCAACGCACCGCACAACGAGCCCCCAACCAAAGACCAAAGGGAACAAGACGGCCGCGGGUGCACGCAUUUCGCAUUUCGCAUUUCGAAUCAGCGCAACCCCCGAAUCCACUCUAUACCCUCUUCAUCUUCUCGGCCUCUACAACGACAAGACCAAGCCAUACUUCUCAACGUCGAUUGAUCGCCUCACUUAUCUAGAGCUCUGUUCCUCUACAACCCCUCUCGCCUCCUCUCCGCCUACCGAUCACAUCGCCUUACCAUCGGUUGCUCGCUUCCAAUGUGCUAGCGCUGGCACAUGUCUUCGACCACCCUCACAACUAGCCAACCCUCCCACUCCCUCAAUUCCCGCCGCAAAUCCUCCUUGUCCACCGCCCGACACCACGAUAAUCGCGGGAAUCCCGCUUCCACAGCAGUGAUGCCUUCCGCAUCGCAAUCACAGCCAUCAUCCCAACAGUCCUUCACAAUGAGCCAGCAAUCUCAGGGCGGCUAUCGAGCCUAUGGAGGGGACUCGAGGCUCGCCAAUGAGGCCCCGCAGAUUUACAGCGCCGUCUAUUCCGGUGUUGACGUCUACGAGAUGGAAGUCAAUGGUGUCGCCGUUAUGCGCAGGCGGCAAGACAGCUGGCUCAAUGCCACACAAAUCCUCAAGGUGGCCGGUGUCGACAAGGGAAAGCGCACAAAGAUACUCGAAAAAGAGAUCCAGACUGGCGAGCACGAAAAGGUCCAGGGAGGAUACGGAAAAUAUCAGGGCACCUGGAUCAAGUUCGACCGAGGCGUCGAAGUCUGCCGUCAAUACGGCGUAGAAGAGGUCUUGCGCCCCUUGCUGACGUACGAUAUGGGUCAGGAUGGAGGAGUUGCAGGCCGAGGAGACUUCAACACCCCGACCAAGGAGCAGGCCAUGGCUGCGCAGAGGAAACGAAUGUACAAUGCCGGGAACGAGGCAAGGACGAACGCCAUGGCCGGUCUCAACGGCACCUUUUUUAAGAAUAUUUCAACCACUGCGUCGCACGCUGUCGCUGCUAUCAGCAAGGCGCGAUUCGACUCACCCGGCCCGAGAAGCCGUAACGGACCGACCAAGGCGCCCAGCUUCAGCCGCCAGAGCUCUAUGCAGAAUGGCGAUGACUUCCCGGGCAACUCACAGCAAAGCUUCGCUUCCGACUACGGUAACCAGAACGACUCGGCCUAUUCGACCCAACAAACAAGUCAGCAGUUUGAUGGCCCAGAGCCGCCUAGGAAGCGACAGCGGGUAACCAUGACGCCGCAAGACAGCUUUGGAUAUAACAACAACUCUAUGGAGAUGUACCAGAACCAGUUUCCCGGAUCGCCCACAGAACCCAACGAAUCUUUCAUCUACUCUCAAGCUAACGCUCCGCCACACGACGGCCACAGCCCUCUGAGCCCUCUACCAUUCGAAAUGUCUCCCGAUGCGGAAGCGAAGCGUAGCAUGCUCAUGAGCCUUUUCAUGGACUCAGCAACCUCGGAUCAGUCAAAGCAUGAGAUGCUGCGAACAUUAGCCCCCAUUGAGCUGGACAUGCCUAUCGACCAGCAAAGUCACACUGCCCUACACUGGGCGGCUACAUUAUCACGCAUGUCUCUCUUGCGGGCACUCAUUGCAGCAGGAGCCAGUCCUUUUCGAGUCAAUGCCUCUGGAGAGACCGCUCUGGUUAGGGCAUGUGUUGUGACGAACUCUAUGGACCUGGGACAGUUCCCCGAUCUCCUCGAUGUUCUCGGAAGCACUAUCGAGGUUCGCGACAGCAAGGGACGGACCGUUCUGCACCAUAUUGCUAUGACGAGCGCUGUUAAGGGCAGAAAUGCAGCAAGCCGGUAUUACCUAGAAAGUCUCCUGGAAUGGGUCGUGCGGCAAGGCAGCAAUCCUAACGGACAACUCGCUGCCAACGGCAAGGGAGAGAGUGCGCCAGCCAGCUCACAAUCCCAGCCAUCAUCACAGCCCAAAAUGGGUAUCGCUCGCUUCAUGUCGGAGAUUGUCAAUGCCCAAGAUCAUGCCGGCGACACGGCCUUGAACAUCGCAGCACGGAUAGGCAACCGAAGCAUCAUCUCACAACUGCUAGAGGUCGGCGCUGAUGGCGAAAUUGCCAACCGCGCUGGUCUGCGGCCCGUAGACUUUGGCAUUGGGGGUGAACCUGCAGAUGAAGCUUCCAAGAUCAUCAACGGAGCCAAUGGCAACGCAACAAACGGAGAUGUCGAGAAGAACGGACUCGUCAGCAGUGAACCGACAAAGGAAAGCAGUGAUGAUAUUAUUUCAUCGAUUACACAUCUCCUUACCGAAGCAAGCUCGACUUUCCAAAGCGAAGUGAAGUCAAAACAGGCCGUCAUCGAGUCUCUCCACACCACCCUCCGCACAACAUCAGCCCAACUAGGUGAGGCCAAGAGAAACCUCGAGGCCAUGCAGGCAACUCUACGCAAACAGCAACUCGCGCGGCAAAAAGUCUCAAACCUGAGCCACGCUCGCGAGGAAGAACAAGUGCGCCUCACGCAGGAUCAGAACCGGGCGGGACGAACGAAUGCCCUCUCAUCGUCAUGGGAGACGGAACUCAGCGCGGCGCUCGAGACGGCCGGCACGAAUGGCGAGGGCGGCCUUUUGCCCUCGGCGGCGACCCUCAAGGCGAGGUUAAGCGCCGUGUCAGCGAGACGAGACGUCACGCGCAAGAUGGCGGGCGCGCUCAAGGGGAGGAGCAAGGACCUCGAGGUCAAGUACCGGCGCGUGGUGGCCAUGUGUACGGGGGAGCCCGAGGACCAGGUCGAUGCUGUCGUUGAUGGUCUGUUGAGGGCGGUGGAGAGUGAAAAGGGCGAGUUGGAAGUGGAGCGUGUGAGGCGGUUCCUCGGCGGCGUCGAGGGUGUGGUGCACUAACAUACCAUAGUUGGUGGUGUCGCGUCUCGAGGGAGAAAGAAGAAGUGCUCUCAGGAGAAAGAGCUAUUUUGUGUGGAUAUUGUCAUACCCCUAUGUUGGAGAAGCAUCCUUUUUUUACUCACGCCAAUCCGACCGUUUUGGCAAGUAUUCAUAUGUUCGAAGAGAGGAGCGGUGGUCUUUUGCCUGGUUUUAUUUUACUCGAUGGCGUUUGAGGGGAGUGAGGGAGGCAAAUCAGGAGAUGCGCG